AUGGCGUCGAGAACAAGUCAGAGAACAAGUGAGAGAACAAGUCAGACAACAAGUCAGAGAACAAGUGAGAGAACAAGCCAGAGAACAAGCCAGAGAACAAGUGAGAGAACAAGUCAGACAACAAGUCAGAGAACAAGUGAGAGAACAAGCCAGAGAACAAGUCAGAGAACAAGUGAGAGAACAAGUGAGAGAACAAGUGAGAGAACAAGUGAGAGAACAAGCCAGAGAACAAGCCAGAGAACAAGCCAGAGAACAAGUGAGAGAACAAGCCAGAGAACAAGUGAGAGAACAAGCCAGAGAACAAGUGAGAGAACAAGUCAGAGAACAAGCCAGAGAACAAGUCAGAGAACAAGUGAGAGAACAAGUGAGAGAACAAGCCAGAGAACAAGCCAGAGAACAAGCCAGAGAACAAGUGAGAGAACAAGCCAGAGAACAAGUGAGAGAACAAGCCAGAGAACCAGUGAGAGAACAAGUCUGAGAACAAGUGAGAGAACAAGCCAGAGAACAAGUGAGAGAACAAGCCAGAGAACAAGCCAGAGAACAAGCCAGAGAACAAGUGAGAGAACAAGCCAGAGAACAAGUGAGAGAACAAGUCUGAGAACAAGUGAGAGAACAAGCCAGAGAACAAGUGAGAGAACAAGUGAGAGAACAAGUGAGAGAACAAGCCAGAGAACAACGUCUCUUAUGAAAGAUGGCGUCACAACCGACGCAGUCCAGAAGCUCUACAGGUGUGUAGUUCACAGCAAAAUGAAGAUGGGUGUCAUCCGAGCAGAGGUGCUGAAAGUAAGGGGGUAA